AUGAAAGAGAAGCACAAGAAGGUCGAGUACGCGGAGAAGGAGGCGGAGGCCCCAGCCGACGGCACAACGGACACUACACCCAAAGAUGUAAGCAGUGUGUUUGUGAAUAACCUCCUAACGAGCAUUAACAACAUAAAUAAUGCAAUAGUUUACAAGGACAAUCGGUACAUUUUGCGAAUGCUCAAAUAUAUAAAAUGCAUGCGGCUGAGCAUAAAAAACGAGAGCAGUACGCUCAUGCCAAUAAUGACCAAUCUCAUUAGUAAGACAUUUAAGGAGGGUUACCCAAUCUAUGAAAUAUUAUUCAAGUACAUAAAUGAAUUCAAAGAAUUGCCAAAGGAAGUCCCCGAAUUUUCAAAUAUAAACGACAAAACAUAUACACAUGCAGCUCCAGAGAUAGAAGUGUUCUUUUACAUAAUGAUAUUGUUGUACCUCUUGGAUAAAAAAUGUUACAACGAAGCAAUGGAUCUUUCCACCGUCAUUGUUAACCGAAUUACAAAAUUGAACAGAAGAUCACUAGAUUGUAUUAAUGCAAAGGUGUACUUUUAUUUCUCAUGGGUUCAUGAAUUAGGUGGAAAACUCUCCCAUGUCAGGCAAAAACUUCUCUACAUAUAUCGCAAUGCAUGUCUCCAUAGAGAUAUAAUGACUCAAACAGUUGUAUUAAAUUUAAUACUAAGGGAUUAUAUAAAACAUAAUUUAUACGACUUAGCUGUAAAAUUUGUUAGUAAGACAUCUUUUCCAGAAAACUCCUCUUCAAAUGCGCAACAUGCAAGGUACCUCUACUACAUAGGAAAGAUUCUAGCCAUACAGUUAGACUACAGUGAGGCACAUAGCAAAAUUACACAGGCUAUUAGGAAGGCUCCCCAGAAUAACCAAAGUGCUAAAGGGUUCAAGUUAGAAGCAACCAAAAUGGAAAUUAUUGUUGAAUUACUUAUGGGAGAUAUACCGGACCGAUCCCUUUUUAGCAACAAAAUUAUGAGGAACAAGCUGAUCCCCUAUAAGCACGUCGUGACGGCUGUGCGAAAUGGAGAUAUAAAUAAAUUUUCCAAAGUGAUGAAUGAUUACAAUCAACUGUUCAUGCGUGAUGGAGUGUACCUGCUGAUAAAGCGCAUUCACCACAAUGUGAUUAAGACGGCCCUGCGUAUCAUCAACCUAUCCUAUUCCCGAAUUUCGAUCAGCGACAUCGGGAAGAAGAUCGGCGUGGAGUCCCCUCUGGAUAUCGUGGGCAUAACGGCCAAGGCCAUCCACGACGGAGUCAUUGAAGCCACCAUAGACUACGACAACCAGUACGUGGAAUCAAAAUCCAACAGCGAUGUCUACGUAACAAGUGAUCCCAUGAAGACCUUCCACAAGAGAAUAGCUUUCUGCUUGCAGCUUUAUUCAGACGCUGUUAAGGCAAUGCAAUAUCCAGAUGAAAAUGAAAAAAAGGAAAAUGAGGAGGCCAAAGAAAGGAAAAUCAGACAACAGGAGGAGUUGGCGCAGGCAGAGGAGGGAGAUCUCGGAGAUGACAAUGACUUGUUGUGA